AAUAUUGAAGUCACGCUGCACGAGGCUUUCGUUUCUUCCCCAUAAGCUGUCGUCUCUCUCCUUGCUCUUCUCCCUAAAAUUGAAAACGCAAUCCCCUAGCAAUCGCCUUCUCCUCUCCCUUGCUCGGUCUCUACCUCUCUCGCCGCUGCCUCGCCUCCGUUCCCCCUCUGCCGUCGUAGCCUCGCCUCCGUUCCAUCGCGGCAUUGCGGUUCUCCAUCUUGGCGUUGCAGUCGGCGGUCGCAGCCCUUACUUGUCGGGCGUUCACCAAAGUCAAGUCUACAAGAGGCAGAGACCACCGGGGGCCAAAAAGCUACGCGUAAUGGUUACGCCAUUUUAGAGUUGACGAAGACUCAAAUUGGUUUGCUUUUCUUAUGUGAAAAGCAGUGGGGAAAGUUCUAGGAAGAGAGGUCCGAAGCGUAAUAUAAACGAACUUCGGUGGUGGUAAAGUGAACGAGCCUUUCUUGUUCAGGUGCUACGAGAGAGGAAACCCUCAGAAGAAAAUACUUGUGAAAAUGGACAUGGGAAACCGGUCGGAGGCAGGAACGAGCGGUGGUGAGCCGUCGGCGAUUGACUAUGACGUCUUCCUGAGUUUCAGGGGGCCGGACACUCGCCAAGGCUUCACAGAUUGUCUUUAUCACCAAAUGCGAGAAGCAAACAUCCGUGUUUUCCUCGACGAGGAAGAGCUCCACGUCGGUAAAGAAAUAGCUGAUGAGCUACCAGCGGCCAUCCAAAAGUCGAAGAUCUACAUACCUAUCUUCUCUAAAGGUUAUGCUUCGAGCGCGUGGUGCCUUCGCGAGCUCGCACACAUGGUGGAUUGCAAGAAAUCCAAACCAUCCGAGAAGGAGAUUAUGCCAAUUUUCUACGACGUUAAGCCUCGCGAUGUUAAGCUUAAGUCUCAACAGUACGUCAGCGCUUUGGAGGAGCAUGAAGAGAAGUUCGGUCGCCAGACGAGGCAAAAGUGGGAGGAUGCCCUCAAAAGUGUAGCCCAAAUCAAAGGAUGGGAGUUGAAAAAGCAAGGGCAUUGGAAAUUCAUUCAAUCGGUGCUACAAGAGAUUCUGAUGAAGCUGAAGACAAAAGACAAAUACGUUACCGAGCAUUUAGUUGGAAUGGAUGAUCCAGUGGAAGCCAUUCUGAAGUUGUUGGACAUGGACUCCGGGGGCUUGCGCUUUGUGCUAAUCCAUGGAAUGGGCGGAAUCGGUAAAACAACUCUUGCUAAGAUGAUGUUCAACAAACUAAAUUCCCUUUUCAAUCAAUGCUGCUUCCUAGGAAAUGUCCGGGAAUCGUCGACCAGCUUUGGCAUCAUAAAUUUGCAAAAACAAUUAUUGUCUAACACAUUAGGUUUGGGCUUUCAAGACCAAAUCAACGAUGUCGAUGAUGGGAUCAAAGUGAUUUUGCAACGACUUUCUAACAAGAAAGUCUUGCUCGUUCUUGACGAUGUGGAUGAUGAGGAGCAACUCCAGAAACUAGCCAUCAACCACAUUAUGUUCGGCUUAGGAAGCAGAGUUAUUAUGACAAGUAGGAACAAAAGCAUCAUAAUAUCCAACAAAACUUUGGAGUAUGAAGUGAAGCCAUUGGAUAAUGUUCAAUCACUAGAGCUUUUCAGUCGACAUGCUUUUAGAAGGAAUCCUCCUCCAGAUGAUUAUGUCAAUCUUUCGAGACAAAUAAUUUCUAUGACUGGAGGACUUCCUUUGGCUCUUGAAGUCAUAGGCUCAUUGGUUUAUCGUCAAAACAAAGCCUCAUGGUACGAUGUGCUAGACAAUUUGAGAGAAAUACCUCCUGAGAAGGUCCAGGACAAGCUGAAGAUCAGCUACGAUGCCUUGAAUCAUGAGCAACAACAGAUUUUUCUCGACAUCGCAUGUCUCUUUGUGGACGAGAACAAGACGAAUGCACUCUACAUGUGGAAGGAUUGUGGGUUUAGGCCGGAUCAUUCAAUUCAAGUCCUUGUUUGUAUGUCCUUAAUAAAGGUAACUGAUCACAACAAAUUUUGGAUGCACGACCAACUGAGAGAUCUCGGAAGGAAAAUUGUUCGUGGAGAUACGAGACUCACCGAUCCAAGAAAGCAAAGCAGGUUAUGGGUUUCUAAGACGGCCAAUAAUAUCAUUGGAACAAAAGAGAGAAAGAAGCACAUUGAAGCAAUCUGCUUAUGUGAACCAACACGAGUUUAUACGAGCAAAGAGUUUUCAAGGCUUCCAAACAUAAGGUUCCUCAUGUUAGUGGGGGGGAAUUUCAAUGGAGACUUUGAGAAUCAGUUUUCAGAGUUAAGAUACAUGACCUGCAGCAAUGUCUCUCAAGAGUUCUUGGCCAUCAAUUUCCAUCCAAGCAAUCUUGUAGUUCUUCAACUGAUGUUUGGUUCAAUCACAGAGGAAUGGGCUGGAUGGAGUCAAUUCAAGGUUGCUAAAAAGCUUAAAGUUUUGGAUAUCUCACAUUGUAGCAACAUGACCAAGACUCCAAACUUCUCUGAUUAUUUGAGUUUAGAGAGAUUGAACCUUGAGGAUUGUGAAAAACUAACUGAAGUUGAUGGUUCCCUCAAAAAGCUUAAGUGCUUGAUUUACUUCGAUGCGCAUGGGUGCAAAAAUCUUAGGGAGCUGCCCAAAGGGAUCGGAGGGUUGCAGAAGCUCGAGUACUUGUAUUUAGGUAGUUGCGAAAAGUUGAGGAAGCUACCCCAAUCAUUUGCGAGAGUGACAUCGCUAGUAGAGUUAGAUCUCUCGAAUACGACCAUCACAAGAUUACCCAACUCCAUUGGUAACCAAUAUCGCUUGUCGGUUCUUAAACCGGAGCUUACAAAAAUCGAUGAACUUCCCAAUUCUAUUGGGAAGUUACGAGAACUUAAGUCUCUCUUUCUAUCGCAUACUAACAUAAGGGAACUUCCGUUCUCGAUUGGUAACUUGGAAUCUCUACUUGAGUUGGACGUUUCAAGCACAAAAUGUCUGCAGUUACCUAAAUCUAUUGGAGACCUAAGUAGAUUAAAAAUCAUCAGGAUUUCGUAUUCUCCAAUAAAAGAGCUACCACGGAGCAUUGUUGCGCUAAAAGAGUUGGAAGAGCUGCAUGCCAACAGUUGCUGGGAUCUAAAGUGGGAAAUUCCCGAGGACAUUUGGCAAUUAUCGCUUUUGAGAGUGUUGGACUUGCAAUACACUCCUAUUGAAAAUAUUCCACGGAAGAUCAAACUACUUCCUCGCCUAGAGAAAUUGAGUUUAGGGUGGUGUAGCGAACUCAAAGUAUUACCAGAGCUUCCCACAAAUUUGAUAAGCCUAAGCUUAGGAUCACAUUCAUUGCGACAGUUCCCGAAUCUCUCAAACCUAACUAAAUUGGAGGAUUUGAGCUAUGAUGGUCAUGCAGAGAACUGUGGUCCUUUCUUCUUCCAAGAUGGUCAAUGCCAACUAUCACUCGAGGUCCUUCCACCAUGUGUUUCAACAUUGUCAUUGCAAAAUCACACAAUUAGUUUGUCAUUUUGUUGCAACUUGAGAAAAUUGACACGUUUGUACAUUGGUAAGUGUCAUUGGAAGGAAGUUCAAUUCGAUGGGCUUGAACGGUUGGUUGAAUUUGAAGUGAGUCACUUAGGCCUCCUUGAGAGAUUUGCUAGUCUUUCGAGUUUGAAGAGUUUGAAGCUGUUGACGUUGAAGAUGUGUCCAAAUCUUACUGCCAUCCAAGGUCUUGGUUCAUUGGAUUCGUUGGAGAAAUUGGAAAUAUUGCGGUGUCCUAAGAUCGGAAGUCUAGAUGAUCUAUCGGAUUUGAAAAAGCUGAAGACCUUGAUAAUUCGAUGUUGUGUAGAGCUUCAGGCAGUUGAGGGCCUGGAUGAACUAGAGACUCUCGCAAUGUUGAUUUUUAGCGGUUGCAGAUCAUUGAAAAGUUUCUCCAACUUAUUCAAUUCGAAAGUACCAGACAAGUGCGUACUAUAUAUUGGCGGCUGCCCAGAUUUAGAAGCAGAAUUGUUUUUCGGCAUGUUCAGCACGGACAAUGAACAGAAAGUCGGGGCCAAAAGGAGAAUGUUUUUUAGCACGUUCAGCACGUACAAGGAACAGAAAGUCGGGGGCAAAAGAAGGAAAAGAAAGAGAGGAGUGUAAGACUGGGAUUUUUUAGUGCCUUGGGUUAGUUCCUCACUAUUGAAAAACAAAGAUUUCAAGAAUUUAGUGACAUUUUUGUUAUGUAGUUUAUCUUAAAUUGU